UCAAUUAUUUUGGGUAGAAAAAUAUCAAACAAGCUUGUUUGUUUGCUGAUACUUCUCUCUUAGUUUUGAACGAGUUUAAAUUUUGAAUGUGAUAUUUUGAACGCAGUCUAAUAUUAAAUUUGGGGGAAAAUAAUACAACAUGACUACAUCAUCAUACGCCUCGGCGUGCCGCGUGUGUGCUCAAACCGGAGCAGAAACCAUGGAAUCUAUCUACGAACCCAUGGCGGAAGGAAGGACUCCUGCACAAAUAAUUGAGGAGUGUUUCUCCAUUGCGAUGAGCUCUUGUAAUGGUUUUCCUGACAAAUUGUGCCAGAAUUGUAAGAAUGAAUUGUUAUCAGUGCUCCAUUUUCAUUCGACUUUACUGGAAUCUGAGAAGAAAUUCAAAAAUUUAGUAGCUUUACCUAAGAUAGAGUUUACAGAACCGGUCGAUGGAAACCUAUCUUCGGUAUUUAUUUCAGAAGAAUAUAUCAAAACAGAGGUCGACUCGGAAUGCGAAGAGAUUGUUCAUGAUAACAUAGACACCGACGAAGAUGACCAACCGAUAGCUCAGCGGAAACGUCGAACAAAACGAGCGAAAAAGAAGAAAUUCGAAGAACCUAUUAUCAAAAAGCAAGAACCUAGCAGCGUAGAAGAAGAACCCGAAGAACGCAAACCUAAGGUCGAAGAAGACGUGAAACCAGAUACGUCGAAACCGGUAAAGAAAAGAUGGGUUGACAUACAGAUUGACAUGAACUCCUCGCCGGACAAUUCAUCGAGCAAUGAGAAUUACUCAGAUUACGAUAGUGCCAACAGUUCGGACGAAGGCGACGAAGGAGACCAGAAACCGAAGAAAAAACGCCUGUACUAUGGGGUCAAAGCAGAUUCCCAGCCAAAGCGUUGCUGCGAAUGUAAAGAUUUCCCGCUGGAUAGCCAUGAAAAAGUUGAAGAACAUUCCGAUAAGUAUCAUUACCGGUAUCGCGUUACCAACGAGCGAGACAUCGAGGACAAUCCGUUUGAAUGUCCGACUUGUUACAAGCGGUUCGAUUCCAAGAAAGAAUUUUUACGCCAUCAACGUAAGAUGUACGUGGAACGGUUGCAUCCAUGCCCGAAAUGUGACGAGGAAUUUGCCAAUCAAUAUGUUCUUCAAAGACAUCUCAAAUUGUAUCAUAAGAAAAAGAUGAUAAUCGAGCGUAUGGAAGAGUUGAGGCAGGAGUCGCACAUAUGUUGCGCUUGUAAGAAGAAGUUCGAUACCCACGAGCAACUCCGGGCCCAUUCUGAGGAGAUUCAUCUCAAAGAGAGCCUUUCAUAUGAUGGUGAUUAUCAGUUUGAAUGCGAGGUAUGCUUUCGUCGUUUUAAAACUCGUCAAUCUAUGAAAGUGCACCAGUAUCGGAUGUUCAAGGGCAAGAAAUUCAUCUGUGCCCUAUGCGGUAAAGCAUUCAAGGAGAAGGCGUUUCUGCGCGAUCACGAGAAUUCUCACAGAAGAGAAAAGCCCUACGAAUGUCCGAAAUGUGACGCUCGGUUUUCUAUCAAAGGCUCGUAUGACGCACAUGUCAGGUUACAUGACGCAAAAGAAGAAUUCAAAUGCGAAUACUGUGGACGUGGUUUUCGAACGAAAAGUCUUCUCAAGGGUCACCUCACGGUUCACUCGGAGGAUCGCCCCUUCAAAUGCCAUUUGUGUCCAAUUACGUUCACCCAGCAACGUCUGUUGGAUUCUCACAUCGAGUUUCAUCUGGGAAAUAAGCCGUUCAAGUGUCAACAGUGUCCGGCAUCGUAUCGUUAUCAGCGUGAUUUACGGGGCCAUAUACGCGAGAAGCACGAGGGAAUUCUCAACUUUCAGUGUACGUUCUGUCCGAAGGCGUUUAACCGGAAGAAACCUCUGAUGGUGCAUCUGAAAACACAUCAAGCAAUCUAAUGUAGGUUUAUGUCCAUGUGAUUCGUAAAUAAAUUAAUCUACGUAUCUUUUAUGCGA